AAUUCUGCCUUUUUCUCACUGUAUCAACAACCGGAGCUUGAGCUAUAUAUAUUUGUAGUUUUUACUCUCUACAUUGUUGUUACAAUUAUCAGUCUUCUUCUUCUUCUUCUUCCCAUCAUCCCACUCUGAUUGAUAUAGAUAUCGAAUCGAUAGGAUGGCAGCCAACGAUGUGCCUUGCUGCGAAUCGAUGUUCUGGGUGUAUCUAGUUGUAUGCGUGGUUCUUGUACUAUUUGCUGGCUUAAUGUCUGGCCUUACACUAGGACUCAUGUCCCUCAGUCUUGUUGAUCUUGAGGUUGUCAUCAAGGCUGGUGAACCACAAGAUAGGAAGAAUGCAGAGAAAAUUCUACCAAUCGUUAAGAAUCAGCACCUACUCUUAUGCACUCUCCUUAUAGGCAAUGCCCUAGCGAUGGAGGCUCUUCCGAUCUUCCUCGAUUCUCUUCUAUCAGAGUGGUGCUCAAUAUUAAUAUCAGUUACUCUUAUACUGGCGUUUGGUGAGAUCAUUCCUCAAGCUGUAUGUUCUCGGUAUGGGCUGAGUGUCGGAGCCAAACUCUCAGUUUUAGUUCGGUUCAUUGUCAUAGUCCUCUUCCCUGUUGCUUAUCCGAUUAGUAAGCUCCUGGAUUUGCUGUUAGGGAAAAGACAUUCUGCACUUCUUCGGCGAGCUGAGCUGAAAACACUGGUAGACAUGCUUGGAAAUGAGGCAGGGAAAGGUGGAGAACUAACCCAUCAUGAAACAACCAUUAUCUCGGGAGCCCUGGAUAUGACACAAAAAACAGCUAAAGAUGCGAUGACACCCCUAUGUGACAUAUUUUCGCUUGACAUAAAUUCUAAACUCAACGAGAAAACAAUGGGGCUAAUCAUAAGCAAAGGGCAUAGUCGUGUACCUAUCUUUUCAGGGAGCCCAACAAACAUCAUUGGCCUUAUACUGGUAAAAAAUUUGAUCAUGUGCCGUCCUGAAGAUGAAACCCCGAUUAGGAAUCUUACAAUUAGAAGCAUUCCCAGGGUUCAUGAUCGUUUACCUCUCUACGAUAUAUUGAAUUUAUUCCAGGAAGGCCACAGUCACAUGGCUGUUGUGGUUAAGUGCAAGAGUGACACAAAUGAUACUGCAGAAACUGCAAAAUCGAGAAGUCACUCCAAUUUUAAAAGGAUAAAGACAAAGGUGAAAGGUAUUGAUCAGCAUCAUCAAUAUGAUGGAAAUGAGGAACUUAGUAUACCGUCAAGCCCACCCUCUGCAAAUUCUACCAUCAUUGAUAUCCGAAGUCCAUCCAAAAACAUGGAGCUAGGCAGUAAAAUCCGUCAACGAAUGAAGAAAUGGGAACAAGCAACCCUCUCUAAUGAAGAUUUGAAAUCAUUUUCAUGUUUAGACGAGGAGGUUCUUGGUAUCAUUACCCUGGAGGAUGUCAUGGAAGAACUGCUGCAGGAGGAAAUUUUUGAUGAAACUGAUGCGUAUGUUGAUGUUCAUAACAAAAUUACAAUCAACAUGCAACCAUCAGGAAGAUCACCAUUAAGAUCACCCAGACCAGCAACAGCCUCUCAAAUUCACUGGAGAAGCCCCAUUUCUUCCUCUCAUGGAAGUCCACUUUCUUCAUUGCCCCAUUCUCCACCAUUUCGUACACCAAUUUCACCCUAUAUUCAGUCACCACUCUCCGGGCCAGCUCUCUGUUCUUCACCUGGAAAACAAAUGCCAAACUCUCCGUUAAGAUUUUCAAGCGUCGCCCAAUACUCUCCAUCUCAAUAUCAGGUAUCCAGAAAAUCUUACGAGAGAUUGAGACAUGGUUCUUAGGUUUCAACGAUAGAGUUUUCUCGAAAUAAAUGAGCAAAUGUUUAUGGCAUAUGCGGAUUUUAUUAAAAUAGUAUUAUAUCAUAUGUAAAACCUCCUGUGAUGUUGGAUUAAAUUAAUGCGGAAAUGUAUUUAAAUUUAUCAAUAUGGUGAAAUUAUUUAUCUUUUGACUUUCUUUUUAAA